GAAACUUUCGUGAAUUUAUCAAUUUACUUAUAUUCGUACUCGAAAUAUACAGAAAAUGAGACGAAAACAUUUAUUAAAAUUUAAUCUCGGAUAACAAGUUUAAGACUACGUCAUCUGUUGUUGUGAUCGAAUAAACAUGGAGAAGGUGCGAGGUGGCAUAAUAAUUUGGUUUAUGUUUGCUGUUAAUUACGAAUUAUUUAACGUGUACGAAUGUAGAAAAAUUACAGAAGACGAUAUAAAAUCUUAUAGGGAACAAGUUGUACAAAUGUUUCAGCAUGCUUACAACAAUUAUUUAACAAAUGCUUAUCCUUAUGAUGAAUUAAGGCCAUUAUCUUGUGAUGGAAUGGACACAUGGGGAAGUUUUUCAUUAACCCUUAUUGAUGCUUUGGAUACAUUAGCUGUGAUGGGCAAUUAUAGUGAAUUUCGCAGGGUUGUAGAAAAAAUCAUCAGUACAGCUGAUUUUAAUACCAACAUCAAUGUAUCAGUUUUUGAAACAAAUAUCAGAGUUGUAGGUGGUCUUUUAUCAGCUCAUCUCUUAUCUUUUAAAACUGGAUUAGAACUAGAACCUGGAUGGCCAUGUUCUGGACCAUUAUUACGUUUAGCUGAAAAUAUAGCACGGCGUUUACUACCAGCAUUUCAGACUCCAACAGGGAUGCCUUAUGGAACUGUAAAUCUCCGACACGGAGUACCACCAGGAGAAACAGCUAUAACAUGUACAGCAGGAAUUUCAACAUUUAUUGUUGAAUUUGGUACACUGAGUAGACUUACAGGAGAUUCAAUAUUUGAAGAAACGGCCAUGAAAGCUUUAAAUGCUUUAUGGGAUAGAAGAUCUUCUGUUGGUUUGGUUGGAAACCAUAUAAAUGUUCAAGAAGGAAAGUGGACAGCAUUAGAUGCAGGAAUAGGGGCAGGAGUUGAUUCUUAUUAUGAAUAUUUAGUCAAAGGAUCAAUUUUACUUCAUAAACCUGAAUUGAUGAAAAUGUUUAAAGAAUAUUAUCGGGUGAUUUCAAAAUAUAUGAAGAGAGAUGACUGGUACAUGUGGGUUAGUAUGGGAAGUGGCCAAGUGACCAUGCCUAUUUUUCAGUCUUUAGAAUCAUUUUGGCCAGGUCUUUUAACCCUCUUUGGAGAAAUUGAUCAAGCACAGAAAACUCUGUAUAAUUAUCAUCAGGUGUGGAAACAGUAUGGUUUUACCCCAGAAUUCUAUGACAUAGUUCGAGGACAAGUUAACAACAGACGAGAAGGAUAUCCACUACGUCCAGAACUAAUAGAAAGUGUUAUGUAUCUUUAUCGAGCCACAAGAGAUCCUCAUUUGUUAGAAGUUGGAGUUGACAUACUUAAAUCUAUCCAGCAUAGUGCCAGAACAGAUUGUGGAUAUGCAACUAUAAAAAAUGUCCAAGAUCAUCGAGUAGAAGACAGAAUGGAAUCUUUUUUCCUAGCAGAAACCACAAAAUAUUUAUAUUUGCUCUUUGAUCCAUCAAAUUUUAUUCAUUCGAACGGCAGCUGUGGUGAAGUCAUUAAGACUGCGGGUGGAGAAUGCAUUAUCGGUACGGGCAGCUAUAUAUUCAACACUGAAGGGCACCCAAUAGAUACUGCUGCAGUUUACUGUUGUAGUGCAGAAAAGAAAGAACAGGAUACAUUGCAACAAAAUUUUCAAGACAGUUUAGAUUUAUUAUCGAUCUUGGAAAUUUCGGAAAAAGACAAUUUCUUAAACAUCUUUCAGAAAAGCCAGAAAAAACACUCUACAAUUGAAAAUGGAUACGGAAAAGGAUAUAACAUUUUUCCACCAAAAACAGACAAUCCUAUAAAUUUAGAAAGAGAUGACAACAUAACAGAGAGUGCACAGCCAGUGUUUUUUGAUUCAAUGGACAAAAUAACAGAAUCUCCUACAGAGAGUGAUAAAGAAAAUUUAUCUUCGGAAUCUGAACCAAAUACGUUAAAAAACAAAAUAAUUUUGCAGUCUAAUUUAGAAACUACCAUUAAAACUAUUGAAGAUUCAACAGGCGAAGAAGACUUAGAAAUACAAAGUAGUUGGAAUGACAAUUCUCAGAUUACCUCAGAUGACAAAGUGUCCCAUAAAAAUGAAGGCAUUGAUGACGACGACGACAAAGAAUCAGUAUUACAUUCCUCAUCUUCGAAUUUCAAUUCCAGUGAUAUUUCUAUUUCCAAUCCUAUUAAAAUCAUUCCUGUUUCACCUCAAGUACCUCUUACUAAACUUCCUACAGACAAUAAACUUCAUACCUCAUCAAAUCCGUGGGAAUUACUCUACUGUCCAGCACAGCAAUUUCUUGCCAGGUUAUGUCUAAAAGGUGAAAUGUUUAAUAUUAAUUAAAUGAUGCAGUUUUGUAAUAGAAUGUUUAUAUGGUAGAAUCUCGUUUUAACUGAUUGCUCAUGCUGCUGAGAAUCUGUUAUAUUGCAAAUAGAUUUCCCACACACCCAGGAAAAUAUGUUAUUCAACCUCCUAUAUAUAAAAAAUACCUGUUAUUCAGAUCUCUAUUCUUUACCCCAUAGAAACAUGUAUGUUACAAGAUCAUAUAUUAUGCCAUAAGAAUGUACAACAAAGCUGGCAGAAACUGUAUAUACUGUAAGCACAAGUAAAUUAUAGUAGAGCGUCUGUUAUCCGAAAGCAUUCGUCGACAAAUUUAAAUUUUCGCUAGUGCUGUGGCAUUGCAAUCUUUGGCUAUAU